GGUUGCUUAGAACAACACGUGCCCCUUUGAUAUUGGUAACCUUAAGUUUUGCAAGGCGGGUAGAUAUCGUCGCGAGAGAAAUAAUCGUAAUAUCAUCGCGUGGCGAUUGUGGAAGGUUUCGAAAAUUGGAAAGGCGAUCGAGGCAGAAGUCCGUGGCUGUGUCGCCGGGGCGAGCGGCGGGGUUCGUUCUUAAACGCGUGUAUUAAUUGCAAGGAUGAUUGGGGGGAAAGCGGCUCGCGGCAGUGGUUGAAGUCGAGCGGUAGAGCGGCCAUUUUAUGUUAGUAUGACGUAGUCGAGGCUGGGUGUAGCUUAACGUCGAGACUGCCGUCCGUGUUGUCCCUGGUACUGUAACGCGAGGAAGGGAAAGGUCCGAGUACUCUGAUGCUGGGGUCGAGGUAGAUGUCCGCGUCGCGCACUGGAGGUGUGAUUUGUAAAUAUUAACCGCAGGGUGCAGCUAGCGUGGAAGCGAAGCGGGCGAGCAGCGGCGAAACGUGCAUUAAACUCGGUGAUUGUGGAGCGCGAGGAGCGUCGUCGUCGCAAGCAUGAGCGAGGAAAGCAACCCGCGUACGCUGUACGUCGGAAACCUGGACGCUUCGGUGUCCGAGGACCUUUUGUGCGCCCUCUUCUCGCAGAUCGGCGCCGUCAAGGGGUGCAAGAUAAUACGCGAACCCGGCAACGACCCUUAUGCCUUCGUCGAGUUCACUAACCACCAGAGUGCCGCCACCGCGCUCGCCGCGAUGAACAAGCGGCACUUCCUCGACAAGGAGAUGAAGGUUAACUGGGCCACGAGCCCGGGUAACCAGCCGAAGCUCGACACGAGCAACCACCAUCACAUAUUCGUCGGCGAUUUGUCGCCGGAGAUCGAGACCCAGACGCUCAAGGAGGCCUUCGCGCCCUUCGGGGAGAUCAGCAACUGCAGAAUCGUCCGGGACCCUCAGACCCUCAAGAGCAAAGGCUACGCUUUUGUCUCCUUUGUUAAAAAGUCAGAGGCCGAGGCUGCCAUCUCUGCGAUGAACGGCCAAUGGCUCGGAUCCCGCAGCAUCAGGACAAAUUGGUCCACCAGGAAGCCGCCGCCUCCGAGGUCCGAGCGGCCGAGGCACACCAACAACAGCAAACCCAAUUACGAGGAGGUUUACAACCAAAGCAGCCCCACCAACUGCACCGUUUACUGCGGAGGCUUCACGAACGGCAUUACGGACGAGCUCAUCACCAAGACUUUCUCGCCAUUUGGCACCAUUCAGGACAUCAGAGUCUUCAAGGACAAGGGGUACGCGUUCAUCAAGUUUACCACUAAGGAGUCAGCCACGCACGCUAUCGAGUCCACUCAUAAUACAGAGAUUAACGGUAGCGUCGUCAAGUGCUUCUGGGGCAAGGAGAACGGCGAUCCUAAUAGCGUUGGGCCUAAUGCCAAUCAGCAGCCUCAGCAGGUGACAACUGGUGGAGGUCAAUAUCCGUACGGAUAUGGACAGCAAAUGGGGUACUGGUAUACGCAGGGAUACCCACAGAUGCAGGGACAGUUUCUGCAGCCGACUCAGUACUACAGUCAAUACUACGGCCAGCAGGCGCAGUACAUGAACAGCAUGAGGAUGCCGGCACCAGCGACUGGAGCGUGGCAACCCGGCCAGGGAUCAGCUGCAGCGCCUUCGGCGACCGCACCUCUGCAGCCGGGCCAACAGCCAGCCAUGGUAGCCUACACCAUGCCUCAGUAUCCGACCCAAUGAAACAGAGACGACCGCCAACCAUACCCGAUUCAGAACGAAAUAGAAUUCAAGUGCGGGAAACGAGAGUCUUUUUGAGAGUCAGGGGGGAGGAGGAGGGGCCUCUAUCUCUUUCAGUCACACUCUUGUAUUGUGUAUGUAAACGAGACGCUGAGAAGAUGAAAAAAAAAGAAAACGUACACUUCUUUUCUUUUUCUUUCUUUCCUUUUUGAAAAAUAGAAUUUGUAGUUCGUUCUUUGAUAUAUAAAAAAAAAAAACAACAAAAAAAAACUAAAAAACAACAACAAAAUGAUAAUACCACUUAUUUAUAUUAAAAUCAACCUUUCCAAUUUUUGUGAUUUUUCUUGUUCUUCUGAUACUUCUACUUUUUCUAUUUAUCUUCUUCUUCUUCUUCUUCUGCGUAAUAAUGAUAAAGUAUAUGAAACUCAACGUAACAAAUACUAUGAUGACGAAUUGAAACUGUAAUUUUCCGGCACUAUAGUAGUAUUGGUAGCAGGGGUAGUAGUCGUAUUGAUAGUAGAAGUUAUACUUGCAGUAGAAACUCAACUUAUUCGUUACUUUUCCUUAUUUAUUUUAUUUUUUACUUUAUUUUCCAAAAAAAAAAGAGGAUAAUUUUGUAUAAACUAUUAUUUUUAUUACCUUACGAAAGCCGGAAGAGAAUCACAGAUCAUUUCAUUCUAUCACAGAGAUCUUGAGCAAACUUGAAUCCUCUUCUCUCUCUCUUUCUCUCUCUCUCUCUCUCUCUCUCUCUCUCUCUCUCUCUAAUUCGCGUUCGUUCGACAAUAUUCUCUUUCUUUUUUCUUCAUCUUCGACUCAAAAUUUAGUUAUACAGUACAACAUAUAUAUUAUACUUGAAUGAAAAUGAACACAAUAACAACCAUAACAACAACAACAACAAACAAAAGAAUGAAUGGAUAAAUAAAUAAAAGAAUAAAGGUUGAUUUUAUAAAUCCAAGUAGUAUGUAUCGCAGAUUCUUAUGUAUCCAAUUUUCGUAAAACAAAAAGAAAAGAAAAGAGGAAACGUGCGCCUUCGUGUUUUUUUUGUUUUGUUUCUUUUUCUUCUUCUCACACUCUCUCUUUUUACUUACAAACCAUUAAGAAUACAAAUGUAGUUUUGUUUUCGACAACAAUAAUGACGACAAUGACAACAAUAAUGUGUCUUUCAGAAAAUAAGCCUACAUGAUCUUAAGAACUCUGCGCACAGCUGCCUAGUGUUGAAACGUAUGAAAGAAAAAGAAACACAUGAUAAAACUGUAUCAACAUCUCCAUGUUUUUGCAAGUGCCGAAACAAUUUUCCGUCAUUCGUCUUCGGUUGCUUCUUUACCUGGCUACUUCAGCCGUUAGAGUUUCAAUGUUAACAAGUUACUUCGUUCGCAACUUUAUAAGCAGGGUUGCAUACUUAUAAAUAUAUACCUUAUAAUUAUAGAAUCUUAUAUUUUUACCUCGUUAAUUCUUCAAAGCAAAAAAGCAGGACUAAAUUUCAGGAACACAGAAAGUCCGUAGAGUUCUUAUGAGUAGGAGUAUAGAUAGAAGUGAAAAAGGGAAAAGCUUAAAAAAUAUUGUUACACAAAUAUACUGAUAUGAAAUUUGAGGAAAA